UUCAAUUUGUACAUGUAUGUAUAAAUACAAAGUUCAAAUGAUUACAUUUUAGUUAUUUUAUUGUAAAUUUGAUGUUUUCCACUUGACAAUAUAAAAUAUAUAACAACUUAUGAAUGAAAAUAUGAUGUUGAAACAGUAAAAAUUAAACGUGAAAAUUUGUGUAUCAAAAUAAUUAUGUCACUUAAUAGAAUGUUUGCAUUAAGAUGUGCGAUAAGAACAAAUGUAAACUGGAGACUUCGGUCGUCAAACUUUAGGCCAAUCUACCGGACACUUGCAACCGAUGGAAAAAUAACAAUCGAUGGCAUCUCCAAAGAUCUGAUCAAACCAAAGAAUCCUCUAUUUGUUCCGCAGAAAUUCCUGAAAUUAUCGCAAUCGGAACAAAUAGUCAUCUCACAGACAGUGUUGCAUCACCUACGAUGGAUGUUACAAAAAGAUUUGUUGGGUCAAGAUAUCUUUUUAAUUGGUCGACCGGGUCCGUUGCGAAGAUCCAUUGUGAUGCAAUUUUUGGAAUUGACGCAACGGGAAUUAGAGUACGUUGCACUUAGUCGGGAUACCACAGAAAACGAUUUGAAACAACGACGUGAAAUUCAAAAUGGAACAGCCGUAUACUUUGACCAAAGUGCAGUGCGUGCUGCAAUUCAUGGACGUGUCCUGGUGAUUGAAGGCAUUGAAAAGGCCGAACGAAAUGUACUUCCUGUGCUAAAUAAUUUGCUUGAAAAUCGCGAAAUGCACCUAGAAGACGGACGAUUUUUGAUCCCGGCCAGUAGAUUUGAUAAACUGAAAAAGGAGCAUGGCUCGGACGAAUUGAAACGAUGGGGUUUGGUUCGAGUGUCUGAAAAUUUCCGUGUGAUAGCUUUGGGUUUGCCAGUACCAAAAUAUCGAGGCGUUCCAUUAGAUCCUCCACUUCGCUCGAGAUUUCAAGCCAGAGACAUUACAUCAACUACCUACCAGGAAACAAUGAAUGAGUUGCGACAAUUGGCUCCCGAAGCAAAUGAACACACAUUGGAGAAGAUAACAUCAUUUGGAUAUGCAAUUCAAAACACCGACGAAACACCACUUACAAAAGUUCUUCCCGAUUUUCCGUGCGAUAAUUUGAAAUUGGCGGCACAAAUCAAUCAAGCAAAUCCAUCGACAAAUCCAUAUCAAUUAUUGUAUCGAUUGUAUCCGUUCGAUUCAUUCUUGCCCAAAGAAUGCCACGGAAGUUUAAUGUCUUUGUUCGAUUCGCUAAAUAUUGCACUCCCAUCAGCGGAAAAUAACAAAUCGUGGAUUCGAAACCUGAUUCAAAGCAAUGGACAAAGAAUUGUUUCAAUUGAACGACCCACACUAUCGGAAGCACUCCUAGAAUCAACAACCAGCCUACAAUAUCACAAAGUGACCAUCGAAUCAAAUGGUGAAAAAUGUUCAAUCAAAGUACCAGGCGGAACAACAGCUACCGAAAUCGGUUCGCAAUUUGUUGAGACAAACUAUCAAAAUUAUCUGUUGAGCGAAAUAAUUCAGAGCUAUGCGGUCGGAGAUAUUUGUCUUAUCGGAGCUAGAGGAAGCGGAAAAUCGAUUCUUAUUGAACAAAUUGCACAAAUGCUAAAUCAACAUAUUGAACCAAUGGUAUUGUAUCAAGAUAUGACUGCACGAGAUUUUGUACAGCAACGGGCAACUACACCAAAGGGCGAUACAGUGUGGAGAGACUCACCGAUGAUCCGCGCAGCAAAGGCCGGAACUAUUGCUGUUUUGGAUGGCAUUCAUCGUAUUCAUAAUAGCACAAUCUCAGUUUUACAUCGGCUUAUCCAUGAUCGAGAGAUUCAACUGUACGAUGGAACCCGAUUGAUUCGACAUGAAGCGUACGAUGAACUAUUAUCUAAUGGACAAACUAAAGAAGAACUGGCCAACAAUGGAAUUUUCCGUAUACAUCCAUCAUUCCGCAUUGUAGCUUUGGCUGAACCACCCUCUGUGGAAACGGGUAAAAAUUGGCUGUCACCCGAGGUCCUGAGCUUAUUCCUAUUCCAUGAAAUUCGAAAUUUGAGUAAAGAGGAAGAGAAGCACAUCAUACAAUCGUUGUAUGGUGAGAUAAACGAAUCAAUGGAUAAAAUAUUGAAUUUGGCCGAAUUACUGCGAAAAUCAAAGGAUCCAAUUGUCCGAAAUUUGUCGACGACAUUAUCAACGAGGCAAUUAUUGCGAAUUGCUCAUCGUAUGUCAGCCUAUCCACCAAAUGAGGCAUGUGCAUACGAAAUAGUGCAACAGACAUUUCUCGCAAAAUUUUUACCAUCCCUACCUCGUGCUGCAUUGGAGAAUGCCAUAAAAAACGUUUCAAUUUCACCGCCAAAAACGUCAAAUUUGCCAAAAGCAUCGAUCAAAGUGGACAAUGGCAUGCUAACCAUUGGCUCGACAUCAACAAGCCUCUAUAAAACUCAAGCCCUAACGAAAGUGCCUGACAUUGUGUUCUUUGAUGUGCCACAGCAUGUUGAAAUUUUGGAGCGAUUGCUACAAGAUUUUUUGAUAGGUAAUCAUUUGUUGCUUGUGGGCAAUCAAGGUGUGGGUAAAAACAAGGUGGUCGAUCGAUUAUUGCAGCUUAUGAAUCGUCCGCGGGAGUACAUACAAUUGCAUCGCGAUACAACGGUACAAUCGUUGACAACACAACCAUCCGUCGUGGACGGUGUUGUUGUCUACGAAGAUUCACCUUUAGUAAAAGCGGUUCGAAUGGGUCAUGUGUUAGUUGUAGACGAGGCUGAUAAGGCUCCCACCCACGUUACAUGCAUUUUAAAAACGUUUGUUGAAAAUGGUGAAAUGAUUUUAUCCGAUGGCCGAAAAAUUUAUCCAUCGAAUGUAGAUCGAUGUGAAAAUCAAAUGUCACCCGAAACCAUUUAUACGCAUCCCGAUUUUCGAUUAAUUGUUCUUGCAAAUCGGCCAGGGUUCCCAUUUUUGGGUAAUGAUUUCUUCGCAUCGUUGGGCGAUUUAUUUAGUUGUCACAGCGUUGAUAAUCCAUCAACUGAAUCGGAAAUUUAUCUUUUAAAACAAUACGGCCCGAAUGUCGCUGAAGAAACGUUACGAAAAUUAGUAAAUGCAUUUGCAGAACUACGAAGUAUGGCUGAUGUCGGACAAUUAAGCUACCCGUAUUCAACCCGUGAAGUGGUGAAUAUUGUGAAACAUCUUGAGAAAUAUCCACACGAAAAUGUCGGCGAAUUAAUUGCAAACGUAUUCGAUUUCGAUCGAUAUUCACCAGAAGCACUGGAACAAGUGACGGACGUUCUGCAGAAGCACGGCUUCGCCAUUGAAAUGUAUGCAAAAAAUGAAUUGGCUGCCAUUCGACGACAAAAGGAGAUUCAAUUGACCGUUGAACGAACAAGCGGAUUAUCGGUGUCGGCACCGAAACAUGGAAAAGAAGAUCCAAACAAUAAACCACACGUCGGAGGCAAUACUUGGGCAGGUGGUACUGGUGGUCGCGAUACGGCCGGUUUGGGUGGUAAAGGCGGUCCAUAUCGAUUAGAUAAAGGCCAUAAAGUCCAUCAAUUAAGCGACGAAGAGAAAAAUGAUGUACCAGAGUAUGUGAAAAAGGCGGCACGUGAAAUGAAUCGCAAAGCAUUUGCCGACAAACUGAAAGAGAUAAAGAUGUCUUCAUACGAUCAUCAGAUUUAUGAUGCAUUCAGUGCACCGGUUCGGAAGCAAGUACAACAGCUUCGUGUGAUUUUAAGUUCAUUGCAGGCAAAAAGCAAAGAACGCCAAUGGCUGAAACAUCAAACGUCCGGUGAAAUUGAUGACAAUAAACUCAUCGAAGGCUUGGUGGGCGAACGAAAUAUCUAUCGAAAACGUGGCGAAGAGAAUCCAGAACCUGGACAACCGCAAGAAAAACCCAAAAGACUGAAAUUCGUUAUUGAUGUAUCAGGAUCGAUGUAUAGAUUCAACGGCUACGACCAAAGACUCGAUCGAGAACUUGAAGCAGUCGUUAUGGUAAUGGAGUCAUUUGAAGGCUUUGAAACCCGCGUUCGAUACGAUAUUGUUGGUCACAGUGGCGAAAGCAAAAAUAUUUUGUUUGUUAAUGAAAAAAAUCCACCGGCCGACUCCAAAAUGAGAUUGGAAACAAUUAAGAUGAUGCAUGCACAUUCGCAAUUUUGCUGGUCUGGCGAUAAUACGGUGGAAGCAACAAAGUUUGCCAUUGAUUCACUCGCCAAAGAAGAUGCCGACGAAUCGAUUGUCAUCGUUUUAAGCGAUGCGAAUUUACAACGGUACAGCAUUUCACCAAAAGAAUUGGCCAAAGCAUUGACGUCACAAGAACCCAAAGUACAAGCUUAUGCCAUUUUCAUCGGCAGUUUGGCCAACGAAGCUCAACUAAUUAUACGCUCAUUGCCAGCUGGUCGUGGAUUCGUUUGCAUGGAUUUGGCUGAAUUGCCAGUGAUUUUAAAACAAAUUUUUACAUCAUCUGUUCUCAAUCAAACGGUUUGAGGAUCAUUUGUUUGCAACAGCAGCCCCAGAUCCAGUCUGUUGAUAGAGAUGAUAUGACCUUUUCUAAUUUGGUGCAUUGAAAUCGAUACACUACCAACGACCAAUCAUGUUUUUUUUAAAUUAAUAUUAUAUUGGGAAAUGUGGACGAAUAAAUGUUAUUUAUUUCUA